UUCCCUAGAAACCCUAGAUACACUACUCAAAUAACAGCAACACAACGCGUACCCCGCAGCAGCAGCAGCCUCUUCUCCCUUUCCUCUCACACAACAUCAACAAAUCCAAUGGCACCGAAGAAGGAGAAGGCGCCGCCACCGUCAUCAAAGCCAGCGAAAUCAGGAGGAGGGAAGCAGAAGAAGAAGAAGUGGAGCAAGGGAAAGCAAAAGGAGAAAGUCAACAACAUGGUUCUCUUUGAUCAAGCUACUUAUGAUAAGCUUCUCUCCGAAGCUCCUAAGUACAAGCUUAUCACUCCUUCUGUCCUCUCCGAUCGUAUGAGGAUUAGUGGAUCACUUGCAAGGAAGGCAAUCAGGGAACUGAUGGCUAGAGGUUCCAUUAGGAUGGUCUCUUCCCAUGCAAGCCAGCAGAUUUACACCAGGGCAACCAACACCUAGGUGUCUUGAUGUAUUUGGUUAUUUAGUUCUAAGUAGUAUGUUGCCGAGUUUCUCAGCUACUAUUACUUUUUUGUUCAAGUGAUUGUGAGUACAAUCUUAAGACGUUUCCUUACCUUUUGUGUUGAAUGAAUAUUUUGCAGAGUUCUUGAGAUGCUGGAUAUGUAUCUUGAAACCAUGUUCUGCCAUGUGACAUGCAUUUCCCUGUUCCA